AAAAGCGGCGCUCUUCGUCCGCCUCCUCCGCGUUCCCCUCAGCCAGCUGGCCGCCAUGUUGUUCUAGCUUUCCGCUCCGCGGCGGGUGGUCGGUGCUGGACGUGAGGAGCUCCCGGAAUCGGGAGAGGCAGGAGGGUUGCGGGCUUUUCGCGCCGCCGCGACCUGGCGAGAUCCGACGCCAUGGCAGCAGCCUUGGGAGGAGGAGCAGGAGCAGGAGCAGAGGAUGACUUUGAUUGUCAUAAACCUGGUGCAGAAAGAUCUUGGAGAAGGAGAACUGGAGAUGAUGAUUGGGAUAGUGAAUUGGAUGAUGACUUACUAGGAGAAGAUUUGUUGAUUGGCAAAAAGACUCAGUCUGAUAUGUCAGAUGAAGAACUGAAUGAUGAUCUUCUGCAAAGUGAUAAUGAAGAGGAUCAGCAUUACAGUUCUCAAGAUGUCACUGUGAGUCUUACUGCUACCACUAACGUGGUGACAUCCUUUGAGCUCACUGAGAAUGCUAAUGAAAUAUCUAUUGAACAAAACUUAGAAUAUGAACAAGGGGAAGAUGAAAUUGGUUAUGACAAAUCAGAUGUUCCUGAAGAAUAUGCAGAGGAAUAUUCAGAUGAACAGUAUGAAGGCCAAGAGGCUGAGUUGACAGAAGACCAAAUAGAAUAUGGGGAAGAUCAGGGUGAAGAAGAGAAUUAUAAUGAUGAAGUGCUGGAUCUUGAAAUCAAUGAACCUCUAGAUGAAUUUCCGGAUGAAGAUUAUGUACAAUCUUGUAGUGGAGAACAAGUAAUUGAACAACAAGAAUAUGUAGCUGAAGAAGAGUUAAAAGAGGUUGCUGAUACCCAGUCACCUCCAAAUGAGUCAGAAGAGGCAGUUAUUGAAAAUCUGGAGUUUCAAGAAGAGAUCAAAGAAGAAUCAGAUGAAGAGGAGGAAGAUAAUGAAGAAUCUGGUCGAUUACGGUUCAAAACUGAACGUAAAGAAGGAACAAUUAUUAGGCUAUCAGAUAUAACAAGGGAACGAAGAAACAUUCCAGAAACUUUGGAACUUUCUGCAGAAGCCAAAGCAGCAUUAUUUGAAUUUGAAGAACGGGAAAGACAGUUGAAACAAGGGCGGUAUGGGUCCCGAAGAGGAGGAAGACGAGGAGGGUUAUUGAUGUGUCAUGGGCUGGGAGAACAAAGAAGAGACAUCAAUGAAAGAGGAAGAAUGAAGGAUCACCGGCCUUCUUUACUGUCAACCCAGACAGCUAUGACGUGGGUUGAGCUGAGAGAAAGUGACUGGUCCAAAAUCACCAAGCCAGCUCUCAAGCUUAAGACACAUUCAGACAGGAUAUUUCACCAUCCCAUGCGGAAUCUUUUCCAGCAGCAGCAACAAUCACAACAACAGCCACAACAGCUACAGGGUCUGCUCCCUCUCCCCACUCAGCUUCGCACACCACCCCCUCCCCCUCAAGGAAUUUGUAUGCCAUCCCAAGUAGACGCCCCAAGAAUCCUGAUGACUUCUUCAGCGGCAUCCCAACAACCAAAAAACAUACACAUAAAUCCACACUUCAAAGGAACUGUAGUAACACCUGUUCAAGUGCCCUUGCUGCCAGUCCCAACCCAGCCAAGACCUGCUGUAGGACCCCAGAGAUUUCCUGGCCCUCCAGAUUUUCAACAAAACACUCCUGGACCUGUUCCUAGCAAUUUCAACCAAACCCCACGACUUUCUCUACAAGACCAGUGGCGUGGACCUCCACCCCCUCUUCCGCCCCCACCUCCACAAGAGAGAGAAUCUUUCUUCCUGGGAGAGCCGAGAUUUCCCGGCCAUCCCUUGUUUGAACAGCGGAGCCCUCCACCACCACCGCCCCCUCUUCUUAACAGCACACACUCUGUGCCUAGUCAAAAUCAGCUCCCAUUCAGUCAGCCUGGACCUGGUUUUAGCCAGCAGGGGCAGCAGCCCCUGUUUCCAAGAGAAAGGCUAGUAAGGCCAAGUUUGCAGCCUCAGGGCCCGGUGGGACUCCUUCACUUCAGCCAGCCUGGAGCAUCCAACGCACGGCCUUUCCUUCCCCCACGGCAGUCCUUCCUGCAGCUCCCAGGACAGCCGUUCCUAAACCCCCUCACCCAAGCCGGCAUGCAGGGCCCUUUGCACCCUCCUUUGCAGCCACAGCCACCACCACAGCAUCCACAGCCGUCCCAACCAUCCCAGCCUCACCAUCAGCCGCACCAGUCCAACCAGCAGCAGCACCACCUGCUGCCUGUGCCUCCCCAGCCUCUGAUUCCGGUGGCCCCAUCCCAGUUCAGGCCACGCCUACAGACUUCACAGCCAAGCAGUAACCGGAUGCCAUACCAGCAACGGCAAAGUCUGGUAAAGGCCAGGCAUAACACACCAACACAAAGCAUUGUAAAACGUCCAAACCAGCAGCCCCAGUCAUCUUCCACAAGGAAUAGUAAUUUGCGUGAAUUGCCAAUAGCACCUUUGCAUUCGAUGGAGACUCCUAACAACAACCGACGAACUUCUGUUCAAGCUUCAGCUUCUUCUGUUCAAGCUUCAGCUUCUUCUGUUCAAGCUUCAGCUUCUUCUGUUCAAGCUUCAGCUUCCUCUGUUCAAGCGAAACCGGUUUCUAGCACUACAGUUGCUCUGAAACCUCUUACAGCUAUCAAGAACCAAACGGGAAAGAUUGAGCCCAAGCCUAAAACAGUUACUCCCACGACUCAGCCUAAAACCAUUACUCCCGCGACUCAGCCUAAAACAGUUACUCCCGCGACUCAGCCUAAAGUGGAGGACAAACCCGAACCAGAGUUUCCCGAUGAAGAUGAAGAAACCAGACAGUACCGUUUGAAGAUUGAGGAACAGAAACGCCUUAGAGAAGAGAUCUUGAAACAGAAAGAGCUCAGGCGGCAGCUUCAAGCUGGAGCCCGAAAAAAAGAAUUGCUGGAAAGGCUGGCCCAGCAGCAGCAGCAGCAAGGCUGUGUAGGCCAACAGCAAGAAGAAGACCCUUCACAGCUGCCUACCAAUGGAAACCCAUUGCUUUCUCUUCCUGGUGCACAGCCCCGCCAAAAUGUGAAAUAUAGACUAAUGGUUAAAAAACAAGAGCUGGUCCUUCCAGGUUCCCCGGCUGCUCUGCCUAAGCCUGCAAAUGUUCUCCAGGCUGGAGACGGUGCACAACUUCAAGGACAGCAAAUAAAAACCAUAAAGCAACUACGGCAGGCUAGGACAGUGCCUGAAAAUGAGCUGCAGACACCCUUUAAAGCUUUGCAAGCAAAAUCUCCUGCUGCCGCACAGGCGAACCUGCCCCAGAUUAGCCGGGUGGCAUUGGUGCAAGGCCAGCCUCCAGAGGUGAAGCCUGGGAUGAAAAGAACUGUCAUGCAGCGGGCAAACAGUGGGAGUGGCGAUGGGCCCCACAUUGGCACCAAAGUCAGGGUGAUAAAAUUAUCAGGAGGGGGUGGUGAGAACAUUGGCUUUUCUCAUUUGGAAGAAUCUCCUCCUCAGCUUCCACAGCCAUCGGAGCAGAGACAUCAGCCGGUACGGAAGGUCACACUGACAAAAGGGACAGUGCAGCAACCACAUCAGCCUCAUCAGCAUCUUCUGUCACAGAUUCAUUCUGCGUUUCCUCAAGGACUAAAAAAUAUCCCAGGGAUGCAUCAAGUGAAAAAGGGUAUUCUGCAUGGGAGAGGCAGGGGGAUCGCGAGCCAGAUGGGCCGAGGCCGCUUAAUGCCAAGUAAGCCGAAUCUGCGGGUGGUGGAGUGCAAACCUCAGCCCUGCGUGGUGUCAGUGGAAGGGCUUUCUUCAUCCACCACGGACAUUCAGCUGAAGAAUCUGCUCAUGUCAGUAGGACCCAUCCAGAGUUUACAGAUGUUGCCUCAACAACGAAAGGCCAUUGCAAAAUUUAAAGAGCCUGCUGAUGCUUUAAAAUUUCAGCAGAAGUUUCACAGGCACAUGAUAGAUCUCUCCCAUAUCAACGUGGCACUGAUAGUGGAGUGACUACUGGGCAUAAGUUGUCUUAAAAUACAGCAGGUUAUGGAAGAAGUCAAAAGGGUAGAAUCUCCCUGUAAUUUCUGGUGCUGGCUUUGCAGACUCCUUCUGAAACUUCAAAAUUAUUCUGUGACAGCUACUUGACAACAACCUUGCUACAAAUGGAAGUUGGAUUACAAGAGUGAAAACUAUCUGUGUGGAACAUACGGAACUACAGGUCUCAUGUGUGAAUAGUAUACAUGGAUAUUUUUAGGUGAUAUGCUAUGUGAUCACAACGUCUUGGAUCAAAAGAACUUUGACUCUUGAAAAUAAUUUUUAUAAUGUUUUUUUUCUUAGGAAAGAAUAUUUGAUAAUGGUUGCCCUUAUCUUCAGUGUGGGAUAUUGAAAUCAGAAUGCACCCAUAAUCUACUGUUUGUAGCUAAGCAUACAGUUCUGCCUAUAAUACAGAAUAAACAUUGAGCCAUAUAAUUUAACAGGUCUUUUAUUUAUUUUUUGCCAAGAGGCUUCGAAGCUCAUUCUUGAAAGAUCUUAUUCCUAGUGAAGUGAAUGUAAUCGUUGCACAUAAAAUAUUCCUCUCAGUAUUCCUAAUAUUUCUUACUAACCCUAUUUUGGACAAAUUGUCUUACCAGUUGAGGUCCUUACCUAAGAAGGAUGCUUGUAUUCAGGCUUCUCUCGUGCUUUCUUAGAGGGCUUGUAUGGCCAGGAAAUAACUAGGGUUUGCAGGGUGAUGAGAAAGUUUACAUAUUCAGGACAAGGAGAUCCGUUUUGCUUAGGCUUUUGGGAAGUGACUUACUGGUGUUGAGCUUCAUAUUUUAAUUAAUUUUUCUUUCUGUGUAAUAGUAAUUGGCAAUAAUGCUUGAUAACAGUAGAGUCUGCCAAAUUGUACUCUAGUGCUAUUCCCACACCACCAGGUGAAUUAUG